AUGCAUCGAAUAUAUGUCUACAUUCGGUUGGCUCUCUAUGCUUCUUGGUUGACUAUCAACCUAAUCUUCAAAGUGCUUCAGUGGAUUUUUUGGGAAUGCACUGGAGUUGCGUCAGCUUUGAGGCAAGCUACCAAAAAUCCCUGGAACAAUAAGGCUGUACAGGUACUUAAAAUCAGAAGCAGGUUCAAAUUAUGUGACUACACAUUUCCAGCAUCUUUCUGGGACUUCCUUACCACUCACGAACGUUUUGAACCAUUGGAAUAUGUCCUUCAGGAUCACAUCACGCUCUACGUCGUUAAUCACGAUGAAGCAAUAUUCGUAGAGACCAAACCAGGUGUGAAAGUGUGGGACACUAAAAUCCAUUCCCCGUUUAUGAUGAACGCUCAAUUUAUUAAUGCAGUCAAAAUAUUAAAAAUUUCGACAGUCUGCUUACAUGCUUUGGCCGAAAAAAUUGGUGAUCCCAAAGGGGAAUUAAUUUUAUUGAACAAUUGUUCGAGAUGCGGAUCAACUUUAUUAACUCAAAUGUUCAACUUUACUGAUAAAAUUUUGGCAUUUGGUGAACCAAAUUGCUUAAAUUUUCUUUCAAAAGCCGCUGAUUAUCUUGGCGUAGAAAGUUCCGAAAACUUGGAGUUCGAACGACUGGCGAGGAACACAAUUCGACUUCUGUGCAAACGUACGCAAGCUGGAAAUGAAAUUGCUUACGUCAUCAAAGUCUGCUCUCCAUGCUUAGGAGCUACGCCACUUUUAGUUAAACUCUUUCCCAAUGCAAAGCCUCUCUUCCUCUACCGAGACCCAGUAAAAGUUUCGCAAUCGAUAUACCGUAUGUCAUGUUCUCUCUAUUCAAUUAGGCUGUUUUACGUUUUUGGAAAAGGAUCAGCGUUCAAAUUUAGCAAGAUGAUGGGUUUUGUUGGAUUUCCAGAAUCCUAUUACAAACUUUGCAUGUAUCACGAUCUAACAAUGGGAGUUGGUUUUUGGUACGCUCUAACCCGGCAGUAUCUGAAAUGUGUUGAAGUUGUCAAGAACUUCCCAGCUCUCAGAUAUGAGGAUAUUGUUAAAAACACUGCAAAGUCUCUUGAAAUAAUUUUUAGGCACUGCAAUUUACCGCUGGAACUCAUUCCAAAAGCAUUAGAAGCUCUGGGCUGCGAUUCUCAGAAAGGUACAGCAUUAGCAUCGGAUGUGUUGAACAAAUUUCCUUUGCUGCCGUACGAAGGUGCGGCCAAGUUGGAAUGCGAAAAACUUGCCAAGGACAUGGGAUUUCCCGACCCAUCCAAAACGUACAUAGUUGAAAAUACCAUUACUCACUCUUAA